AUGAGUUUUUAUAUUUAUCGAGCUCCAGAAGCAUAAAAAGUUUAAUCAUUCCCCAUUACAUUGUUUGAUGGGACUGGAUCGAUGCAUAAAGAGUAUCCUCGUGCUAUCAAUGCAUAUAAAAUAGUAUUCAAUGAAUUGGGCAAGAAAAAAUUAGAAUACUAAUGGGCGAAGGAUCUAUAUCCUUUAGAGCCUUUCAAAUAGGCUGGGUCUGGAAAUAUUACAAAUACAUUAACAAACAUGUUUCAAAUGUUACUUAGUGAGAAGGCAAAAAUCCCAAAAAAUAUAACAUUAGUUUUUAUUAGUGAUGGAAAGGAAGAAUUUGAAUUGGAUAAACUAUUAGUCUUCAUAGAGAGAAUGAGACAGAAAUAUUUAAUAUAAUUUAUUAGUGUGGCAGUAGGAGACUAAUUUCCAAAUUCAAUAAGUAAUACUUUAAGAAGUAUGAUACACAAUCAUGAUCCAACUUGUCCGCCACUAUUCUAAAUCACAAGAUCAAACACCAAAAGCUUUUAAUAAAUACAAACUGAAUUUGAACAUAUAUUUUGGGAAAUUCGAAAACGACUACUUGUGAGUGGAGAGAUGAUAUUAAUAAAUCUUCCUGUCUUCUAUACUAUAACAUCCAAAAAACCAGUAAACAGUGUUAUUGCUAACAGUCUCUUCUUGGUGGAAAAAGGUUAAAGUGUUGUUAUGUAGAACCAUUAACUUCAACCAACUCAUAAUGCUUAAGAUAUUUAUUAGAUGAUUGUAAACUCUGUUCAAUAAGCCUUUAUUAGUUAAGCAUAAGUGAAAUUUCAAGAUGCUCAACAUGAAUUUGGUUAAAUUUAGCUUAUAAGUUAAGAUUUGUUAAAACAAAUAGAUAAAACUUAAUAACAUGAUUUGACAGAAGAAUAAAAAAAUGAAGAAAUCAAAGUACAUGCAACGCUUAAUGUUGCUAAAUAAAUAGCAUAAGGACAAUUAGACCUUACAAAUGCUAAAGAAUCAGAUUUAACAUCUUUGUAAGAUUAUUUAGUUAAUAAUGUACAUAAAUUUACUGAGUUAGCCUCUAAACUUAAAUCUACUACUGCUAAAAUAGUUAAAGGGAUUAAAGGUGUUAAGGGAUUUGCAUAAGUAGUCUCAAAUGCAUAACAUAUAAAUGAUAUUAAGAAGUCUCAUGGAUAGGAUUAAUCUGAAGAUGGAGCAAAAACUGAAGACAAAGACAGUAAUUAAUUAACCGAAUAAGAUUAAGAAUCAGAAUAAGAAAAAAUGAGUUCUGCUUAAGAAAUAUAAUCUGCUUAGGAAAUACAAUCUGCUUAAAUUAUAAAUUCAAAUUAAGAUGUUUUAAAUUAGAAUGAUUCAUCAAAAAAUGACUUUGAAACAUCACCUUAAAUAUUAGAAUAAAAUUAAGAAAUUGAAGAACCUAAAGAUAUAGAUGAAAAUUAACUUUAAGAUAAUAAAAAUGAAUAGAUAGAAAAUCAUUAAGAUCAAACACUUGAUAAUCCUAAAUAAGAGUAGGUUGAAGAACUUUAAAAUUAAGAGAGUGAAGAUGUUUAAAUCUAAUAAGUAUAAUAAAAUGAUACACCUAAAAUUGAACAAGUGUAAGAUUAAAAUAAUCUAAUUUAAUAAGAGAAUUAAUUGAGUAAUCAAAUAGAAGAUUAAUUAAAGCCCAAAAACAAUGAAUUUCAAUAACCAAUUGAAGAAUAAUAAAAUGAUAAAUAGAAUGAAGAUUAAACAUAACAUAUAAAUUUAGAAUAAAUGACAAAUAUUCUAGCAGAUAUAACAAAAGAAACCCAAGAAUAAAAUAACACAGACUAAGUUGAAAAUACUCAAUAAUAAUAAGAAGAAUAAUUAAAAGAGAAUUUAUUAAAUUAAAACGAUGAUUAAGUAGAUUAAUUGUGUUCAGCAAAUUAAUAAGAAGAAAAGGAGAUUACUGAAAAUUUAGAACAGGAAAAUUAAUAAGAUUAAGUCACUUCUAAUUAGAAAGAAGAUGUAUAGGAAAUUUAGGAGGUUGAAAAUGUUCCUUUAUAAUAAGAAUCUAAAAUUGAGGAAUUACAAGAAACCAUUUAGGCUGAUAAUAAUGAAUAAGUUCAAGAUUAAAUAGAAUAAAAGCCUGAAUUACAAGAUUCUGAUGAGCCAGAGAUAAUCUAGUAGGUUGAAAAUAAGGAGGAUGAUUUUAAUAAACAAUCAGAAUAAAUUCAUCAAAUAAAUUCAUAUCCUGUGAUUGAGGAUGAUGAAUCUAUUUAAAAGAUGCCAAUAGAUAAUGAAGAAUUAGUUUUGUUUAAAUAACCCAAAAUAGAUGAAUCACUUAGUUAGUCCUAACAUAUUACUUUAGAUGAACCAGUUGAAUUUGAGAAAAUAGAAUAAACUGUUGAAAAUUAAAUAUAAGAAGAAAUAUAAUAAACUGAAGAUAAUGAAUAGAUUUAAAAUUAAAAAGAAGUAGUCUAAUAAAUCGAAUAAUAAAAAUAAUAAGAAGAUUAAUAAUAAGAAGAUUAAUAAUAAGAACAAUAAUAAUAAUAAUAAGAUCAAUAAGUAUAAUAAUAAGAAUAAUUAUAAGAUCAAUAGGAAUAACCAGAACAAUAAGUAUAAUAAUAAGAAUAAUAAUAAGAAGAAUAAUAAGAAUAAUAAUAAUUAUUAUUAUUAUAAUAAGAAUAGUAAAAGGAAAAAGAAAAAGAAUAAAUAUAAAAAUUAGAACAAUUAUAAUAAAAUCAAUAAGAAGAAUAAUUAUAAUAACAAUAAUAAUAAGAAUAAUAAUAAGAUUCAUAAGAAUAAUAAGAACUAUAAUAAAAAUAAGAAAAAUAAUAAUAGUAAUAAUAAUAAUAAUAAUAAUAAUAAUAAAUAGAAUAAGAUCCUGUAUCUUUAAAAGGAAAGGAAUAAAAUAUUGAAGAUUUAACAUAAAUGGAAUAAAAUAAUAAUUAAAAUAAUGGCAAUAUUGUUGAAGAGAGCAAAUCUUUCUAAAUGGAAGAAUAAGAGUAAUCAAAAAGUUAAGAUAAUGAAAACCUAAGAUUGUAAGAAAUUAAUGAAGAAAUAAUUAAAUAAAUUGAAGGGGAUUCAUUAUAAAUACCAAAAAAUAAUGAAUAAGAUAAAUUUCCUUAAGCAGAAGUUGGAAUUGACAAUGCUGAUUUAGAAUUAAGAGGAUAGAAUAUUGAAAAUUAAGAGAAUGUACCUGAAGUUCAAUAGUAAUAGCUUGAAGAUUUAACUUAAUAAAGUAAGACUAGCAAGAAGAACUAUUUAUGGUGGCUUCUUUUAGCUCUAGUAGUUGGAUACACAGCAAGAAGAUUUAGGAAAAAAUGA